GAAUGAAUGCAUUGGUUCUCCAGAAAAGCAUUAGUUAUUCAGUGGUUCAGUAAAUCAGUGUAUGAUUUGUACAGCGAUUGCAAUCAAUCGGGUGUUUCAACGGGUGUUUCGCACGCAAAACACUCACUAAUUGUGGUGAUUGGCCACCGGUUUAAGGCCCGUAGCGAGCGGUACGUGUGUUGUGGUCGCUGUACACGAGUGGACACAACUUUGCACUCAAGACAAUGACUUCGAGGAAUGGCUACAAACGCACCGUUUGCUACUACUAUGACUGGUUGACUAGACCACACAAAGCCACCGAAGACGAGAUGAAUCGCUUCCAUUCGCCAGAAUAUGUCCGCACUCUUCGCCGCUUAGAACCGGAUAACGUCCACAACUUUGGACCAGAAAUCAAUUCAUUCUUAGCCGGAGAGGACUGUCCCAUAUUCAACGGUAUGUACGAGUUCUGUCAGAUAUCGGCCGGCGGUUCCAUAUCCGUCUUAGCCGGAGAGGACUGUCCCAUAUUCAACGGUAUGUACGAGUUCUGUCAGAUAUCGGCCGGCGGUUCCAUAUCCGGUGCCAUCAAACUGAACAAAAGAGCCACUGAUAUAGCCAUCAAUUGGGCCGGAGGUCUACAUCACGCCAAGAAGUCCGAGGCCUCUGGCUUUUGUUACGUCAAUGACAUUGUUUUGGCUAUUCUUGAGUUACUUAAGUACCAGCAAAGAGUUCUCUACAUCGACAUCGACGUCCAUCACGGCGAUGGUGUCGAGGAGGCGUUUUACGUGACGGACCGCGUGAUGACCGUCUCAUUCCAUAAGUUCGGCAAAAACUUCUUCCCCGAAACGGGAGAUCUUAAGGAUAUCGGCGCCGAAAGAGGCAAAUACUACUCAAUCAACGUUCCGCUCAAUGAUGGCAUCGACGACGAGUCCUAUGUUAACGUUUUCCAACCGGUCGUCUCGAAGGUGAUCGAGACGUACCGGCCGAACGUGAUUGUCCUGCAGUGCGGCGCCGACUCGUUGACCGGCGACCGAUUGGGUGUAUUUAAUCUGACGCUUAAAGGGCACGGAAAGUGUGUGGAGUUUGUCAAAGGGUUCGACAUUCCGCUACUGAUUCUGGGCGGCGGCGGCUAUACCAAGAAGAAUGUGUCCCGUUGUUGGACACACGAGACCGCCAUUUGUCUGAACGUCGAUCUGCCCAAUGACUUACCUCAAAACGAAUAUUUCGAUUAUUACGGACCGGACUUUAAGCUACAUAUCAGUCCCUCGAAUGCAUUCAAUCAGAAUCCACAGCAGAAUUUAGACAAAAUUAAGAGUACUAUAUUCGAGAACCUGCGGACUAUAACACACGCGCCGUCCGUCCAAAUGAAAGACAUUCCCGACUUUCGUCUGAUUCGCGAGGAGACCAAAGACGAGGACAUGGAGGACCCGGACGUGCGGAUCAGUCAGCAGCGGUCCGACGCACACAUACAGCCCGACAACGAGAUGUCCGACAGCGAGGACGAGGGUGACGACCGGCGCGAUGAGACCAACCAUAUGCCGACCCAACCAAAGAAGUUACGCGUCGGCGAACCGGUGGACACGGCUCAGCCACAGCCACAGCUCGUGCUCACCACCAAUGGUAUCAAUAUAUUGUCAAAUACGGAGUCCACUAACACCUGAUCUAAUGGUUUGGUUUAAUCUGAUGUUUAAAUUUAAAGUGAAUUAUUAUUAUUUCCUAUUUAUUCCACACGUGUUUUAAAUAAAAACCCAUUUCUUGAUUUAAUAAUCGUUUGACAAUUCAUACACUAUUUUCGUAAAUUUCUUUGUAUUUUACUCGUAAACUUCAG